GGGACGGCUCCGGCAGCCUCUCUAAUGCUGGGUGUCACACAGCGGUGCCACCAUUCGGGUCCUGAGUGUCACGAGCAGAGGACACGGCGAGCCGAGAGCAGCAGAAAGCCCAAAACAACCCCUCCAUGUGCGUCCCGGCGAGGAGGAAGAUGAGAUAAAGCUCCUCAGAUGGAGGCCACAUCCACCAGCCUCAAGAGGAUGAAGUUUGGGAAGCUGAAGGUGGUACGCCGGCACUUGCUGCAGAGGUACGAGCACCAGCCCUUCAUCUCCUGCCUGGCGGGUUUCUACAGCUGCCGCUGGAAGCGGUACCAACGCAGAAGGACCGAGCCUGGGAAAUGCUGCUGCAAGACGCGGGAAUGCGUGUUUUUCCCAUUGCUCGUUGGGGCUUUCUGCUUUUCUCUCGUCUUCCUGUACAUGUGGGGUGAAGCGAAAAAUGACUACAACAACUUUGACUGGUAUAACUAUGGGAACCUGGGCUUCUGGUUCCUCUGGUCUCUUGUUCUCCUGGUAGUGGCUGCGAUCCUGUUCAUGUACAUCGCGCUGUUGUUGGUCCUAGCGAUGUGUUUGCUUGCAGAAGGUCAGCAGCUGUACCUGCACUGGAGUCACAAGAUUGGGACUUUUCUUGUCCUGGGCUUCUCUAUCACAGCCCUCUUCAUAUUAUCUGUACUCUGGGGAGAUCAGUGGAAAACAGUCCGCCUCUCGUUCCAGAUCACAGCCCCCUAUCUCCACAUAGGGGCAAUAACCAUCAUGGUCCUCCUCUCCUGGCCCAUGGCUCUGUAUGCCAUCAGAGCAGAUAAGAAAGUUGUUCAGGUGGUAAUUGUUGGUCCAUACCUGGCUAUCCUUCUCUUUCUUUUCUUGAUACCUCUGGGGAUGUACUCGCCUUGCAUCAGAGAGGUGGGGACACUUGGACCAAAGCCAGCCCUCAUUGGACACCGCGGAGCACCCAUGCUGGCACCAGAAAACACAGAGAUGUCAUUUCAGAAGACAAUUGAACAUGGUGGGGAUGGUCUUGAAACAGAUGUCACCAUUAGCUACGAUGGCAUUCCUUUCCUCAUGCAUGACAGCAGCUUGAGGAGGACAACCAACGUCAGGGAGGUCUAUCCCAAUGACACUGCUCAAAACGCAGCCUUGUUCUCCUGGGAUGCCCUGAAGGAGUUGAAUGCUGGAGCAUGGUUCCUUAAGGACAAACCCUUUUCAUGCAUGGGCUCACUGUCAAGGGCAGAUCAAAUGCAGGCAAUGAAUCAGUCAAUUUACAAGCUAAGUAAUUUCUUGCGCCUCGCAGACAGUCAGAAUAAACUUGUCAUCUUUGAUCUCUACCGCCCUCCAGAGAAACAUCCUUACAGGCACUCGUGGAUCAACAGAACCCUGGAAGUCAUCCUCAACGAGUCGGGGAUUAGACCCCAUCUGGUCCUAUGGCUGGAGAAUGAUAUGAGGUCCUUUGUUCACUCUGUUGCUCCCGGGUUUCAGCAGACAAUGGGCACUAAAGCCCCAGUUGAAGACCUAUUGAUGGACAAUAUUGUCAAACUCAAUCUGGCCUACACUGAAAUGUCCAGUGAAGAUAUCCGGAAAUACGCGGAGGCAAACAUCACCACCAACCUCUAUGUGAUCAAUGAGCCGUGGCUCUUCUCCCUGGCGUGGUGCUCGGGGGCACACUCUGUGACCACUAAUGCCGUCCACACGCUGAAGAAUCUCAGCCAGCCCCUCUUCCUCAUGACGCCGCAGCAGUACAACAUCAUGUGGAUCCUGACGGACCUGGCCUCUGUGCUCCUCAUCUCACUCAUCUUCGCUCUGCACUGGUGGCGAGAGAGGAGUUUCUCCUGCUGUGCCCACGAUGGUGGCUCGAUGCUGGAGAGCGGCACCUACAACAAGUUCAGGACAGAGCUCAGCAACAUGCCUGCUGUCGUGGCCUGACAGGGGCAAGGAGGAGGCGCAGACCUGCUGUCUCGCAGAGGAUCGGAGAGCGAAGCCUGCCCAGAGGGUCUGCCUGGCAAGGAGGAGCCAUUUCCCAUGCCUGGCAGGGGUUCCCGGGGUGCAGGGGAGCACGGAUGGGGCUGUGUCCAUGAUGAAGCUGUGCACCAUGGUGAAAGGAUUAAAAUUCCCCGGCAGCAUUCGUGUAGGAAGCACCAUUUCCCCCUGAGCCCACUGCUAUCUCAUCCUGUAGGCCCUCCUGCAGCGUGCAAGCCCUCUGUUUGUGCAGCUUUGUUUUAUCCUCGCUGCAAACACCCUCUGGUCCUCCUUGCCCUUGGCUACCCACAUUUCUCCAGCCUCCUGUCCACCAUCUCCCUUCCUCCUCUCAGGUCUUCUCCAGCCCCAGGAGCUCGCCAGCCCCACCACGAUGGUCGAGUGCUGCUGGGUGGCCCACCAGGGUCUGUGCCUCUCCAUAACACAGGCAGGGACAGCUCAGAUUUUCCUUUUCCCCUCCUCAAGCCCUGCCAUAAACCCAAAUGGGACAGGCUUCACCCUGGCUGUAUGCGAGGGAGUAUUUUCCACAGAUGUUAAAGGAUUUCUUGGUGCCUUGGCCACGUAACCACCGGGACAAUAACCAGGAGCACAACACGUUUCUUCAUGGAGCUGGGCGUGAGCUGGCUCCACGAGGUGUCCAGUUUGCUUUUCCCUUGGGAAGGGCUUUGUUACCUGCUCUGCAUCCUGGCAUUUAUUCCGAUUUUCGUUUCUCCUGGUGGCUGCUGGCACGUAUGGGGGAGGAAUUCCACGCCCAUGCAAGGGAGGUGUGAGCAUCUCCGGGUUUAAGCCAUACAUUUCUACUUGAACAGAUAAUAAAACACUUUUUUUUUUCUUUUGUAAAUUGUAAGUGAUGUUUUAAAUACAGUUUGGCUCUCCAA